AUGUCACAUAUAGGAUAUGACAAGGCGAGUUCUCAUGAUUCGAAGUUGAAGAACUUCCGUGAGAGUCCCAUGUCUGAGGAGUUGAAGAGGAACGUUAGCGAGUUCCAUCUUCUGGAGUUUGUUGGUUGUUCCUUGACCAUGUUGGACGCCUCCCUUUUAUCAGCUUUUGUUGAGAGGUGGCACCCGAAGACAUCAUCCUUCCAUAUUUCAUUUGGAGAGAUGACAAUGACUUUAGAUAAUGUGGACACCCUCUUUCACAUUCCGAUUGCUGGUACAUUUUUUACACCAAUUUAUAGGGACCAGACGAUUUAG